UUCACUUACCUGCUCAUUUUUUAUUUCCAAAUUAAAAAACCCCUUUUUCUUUUCCCCCAAAGAUUACGUGCUAGGAGGGGCGCUAAGAAAAGGAGAAAAAAAUAGAGAGAAAAUUUGGAGAAGGGCGCGUGAGGGGAAUUUACGUACGAGACAAGCGAAAUCCCUAAAUUUCUCUCCCUCUCCUUUGUUUGGAGUUUGUUUUUCAGUGUUCUGCGAGUGCUCUUGGGCUCCAUCUUCCCGCACAAGACUUUGCAAGCUUGCUCUAGCUGUUUUUUCUGAAGAUUAUUUUUGUUGCGCUUUGAGCGACGCGGGGGUUUAUGGGUUUUUGCAGUUGUUGCCUUCCUCGUCUCGUCUUCCUCCGCAGCUCGUGAGCUCGUUUCAGUGGGCGAAAAGCGGAAGCUUGGGUCCAAGGAAUCACCGAGCUAAGUGAGCUGAGCUUCUGGUCGGUGAGGGAAUGAUGGAGGUGACUCAGGUGAGGGCGUCCUCGGAGCAAGGGAUGAUGGCGGGGAGGGAGCCGUUCGGGCUGCCCAAGAGCCCGCCGACGCCGCCGUCCUCCGGCGGCAUGCAGAGCGUGCGCAUGGCGUACACGGCGGACGGCACGCCGGUGUUCACUCCGGUGAGCUCCACCCCGGCCCCGGCGGCGACGUACCAGCCGGGGGGCGGCGCUGCGGCUCCGAACGCCGGCGCCGCAGGAGGCAAUGGCGCUCCGGCUCUCCAGGCGGCGGACUCCGGCGAUCCGGUGCUCAAGAAGAAGCGUGGCCGGCCAAGGAAGUACGGCCCCGACGGCUCCAUGUCGCUGGCAUUGGUGCCUAUGUCCACCGCGGCGGCGGCGACAGCGACGCCCGGCGCUUCCGGGCCUUUCUCUCCUCUUGCCACGAAGUCGGCGGACGCUGUGUCGUCGGCGAUGCCGGCUGGGGCGAAGAAGAGGGGACGGCCAAAGGGCUCCACAAACAAGAAGCACGUGCCCUCUUUUGGAGAUAUCGGGUCAGCAGGAGCUGGAUUUGCACCUCAUGUUAUUUUUGUUAAAGCUGGAGAGGAUGUAUCUGCAAAGAUCAUGUCAUUCUCCCAGCAUGGAACUCGGGGAGUAUGCGUUCUGUCAGCAAAUGGUGCAAUAUCAAAUGUGACACUUCGGCAAGCUGCUACUUCUGGUGGAACAGUAACAUAUGAGGGACGAUUUGAGAUACUGUCGCUGUCCGGUUCAUUCCUUCUUUCAGAGAAUGGAGGCCAUCGUAGUCGAACUGGUGGGCUCAGUGUUUCUCUAGCAGGUCCUGAUGGUCGCGUCUUGGGUGGUGGAGUUGCUGGACUUCUGACAGCUGCUUCACCUGUACAGAUUGUGGUGGGAAGCUUCAACACCGAUGGGAAAAAGGGGCCAAAGUUGCAUGCUCCUUCAGACCCUGUGCCUGCACUGCCAAAGAUGGCGCUGAUGAGCGGGACAGGGCCAAGCAGCCCGCCUUCGAGGGGCACAUUGAGUGAAUCGUCGGGCGGCCCAGGGAGCCCGAUGAACCAAGGUGUCACUCUCAGUAACCAUGGCCAGUCAGGCCUGCCCAGCAUGCCCUGGAAGUGAAGUGAGCUCUUCAUCAUCGUCAUCGCCAUCAGUGACCAGACCCUGCUCCCGUCUGACCAUUGUAGAACUUGCAAUUGGAAUUGUCAACGGCGGUGUUAUUCGAUACUCCGCUGCGACGCCAUGGAUCCUAACUAGUCCCCCCUAUUUUAGUGUAAUGCCUGAAAACCUGAAUGGUGGAAGAAAACUGUAGCUGUUGCAUCUCUAGCUAGCUCUCCUGCUGUAGGUGCUGUUACUAUUGCAAACUCCAUGUGUUAUUUAGGUGCUUAAAUUGUUCAUUGUCGUCUGGACGCCGAUGUAAAAGCUCAUUGCUUCUAUGUAACCAUGUUGCUUGUAGCUUCUGGUUCAGUUCCUCCACCUUUUGGUAUGCUCUCUGAAGCUGAAAAUGGUCUGCACAUUUUCUCCCCUC